AUGAGCGACGUUGAGCUAAUGCAAGUUUGUUCAGUUGGCGGAAACCCAGUCUCUGCCUUUCUCUCUUGGCGACUUCAGGCGACAAACGCCUGCGACGUCACUCUAGUCUGGAAAUCGGGCUUCGAGCAUGUCUCUCAAUAUGGCAUCUCUUUCAAGUACGUUGCUCUCACAUCCGGCGCACCCGGCCGACAGCCUCUUGCCCACCAUCAUGUCGCUAAUAAUUUUUUCAGGUCGCCCGUCUUUGGCAAUGAGCGUUUCAAACCACGACACGUCGUCCGAAACCCCGAAGACGCUUCCACUGUUCGCGAUGGCCCUUUCGACUACGUCGUCUUGUGUGUCAAGGCCCUGCCCGACGUGUAUGACCUGGCGGCCGUCAUCGAUUCUGUCGUCACCCCCCAACAUACCUGUAUCCUCAUCAACACAACACAUACGCUCGGCGUCGAAGCUGCCAUUGAAGAUCGCUAUCCCACAAAUGUCGUUCUCUCAUUAGUAUCCGGUGCCGAGCUUACUCAGCUCGGCCCAAGCGAAUUCGAGCACAAAGGCUCGACUAGUGUUUGGGUCGGCCCGGUCAAUCAGCAGAGCAACAUCCCCAAAGCUAUUCAGGAGGACAUGGCACAGGCUCUCGCCAUGACUCUGAGCACCGGUCAAGUCGACUGCAAGGUGUCACCCAACAUACGUCAGCAGCAAUAUGAACGCGUUAUUGGCCCGAUUGCUUUCCACCCCGUCAGCGUGCUUUUUGAAACCCCCAACCAGUCUGUCCUUUUGGACAAGAUUGGUGUCAAGGACAUGGUCACUGGCAUCAUUGAUGAGCUUCUUCUCCUCGCCGAGGCCAACGGCUGCAAAUUUGACCUUGACUUCAAGCAGAGGGUAAUGGACGACAUGACAAAGACCAACCUGCCGGAAAGCAUCAUGUGGCAAGACUAUGUCGCUCGACGCCCAAUGGAGAUCGAGACUUAUCUGGGAUCCCCCAUCAAGCUGGCGCACCAAGCCAAGAUUCCCGUUCCCAGAAUUGAGACGCUCUAUGCCAUUAUGCACAACUUGAACGUGGUCAAUAGAAACCGUCCCAAGACUGGAGAUGUCGCCGGUGCCAUCCCCCCCGGCUCCCCCACGGUCGGUCAACCUCCGCGUAUGCCAUCCCAGAAUGGCCACCGCCCCAUGAUGGGCGGCAUGCCGAAUGGAAAUGGUAUGCCACCGCGCCAAGUCCGUCCCCGCAACUCCUCCAACUUCGGUCCCCCGGGUCCCAUGCGUCGUGGACCUCCUCCUAUGAAUGGUGGCCCAAACGGUAUGGGCCGUCCGCCACCGCAUAUGAACGGCGGAUCUCGAGCCCCCUCUCGACGCGGAUCCAUGGACGGCAAUGAUCUCGAGGAAUUCUCUCAUCUCGUCCUGUACGACGAUAUACCUGAAGGUCACGAGCAAGACUUUGCCGACGGAGGUGACGUUGCUCUGCGUGACAGGGAAAUGCAGCUCAGACAGAGAGAAAUGGCCCUCAAAGACCAAGAGAUGCGCAUGCGACGUGGCCCUCCUCCUCCUGGCCCUCCUGGUCCUCGCCGCGGCCCUCAUCCCAUGCGCCACAGCACUCAGAUGUUUGAUGACGACGAUGAUGACGACUUUUUCGACCCUCCCAUGGGUCCCGCAAUGCCCGCUAUCGACGCCGACAACUUUGACAUGAUGAGCGUAACGUCACGCAAAAAUCGUAAAGCUUCCGGUCCUCCUCCCGCACAAAUUCGCCGCAACCCCGAAUUUGAUGCUCCUCCACCUUCCCGCGGUAGCCGAUUUCGACCCAGUUUUGGCCGAAACCGUUCAAGCCAGAUUUCAUCGAUACCUAUGAUGACAGACAAUAUCCUAGACGAUCCACUUAUGAGCUGCUCGUCGAAUCGCUAUGGUACUGUCGAUCGAGGCACUAUGAACGGCGGCUCCCGAGCCAACUCACUGACGGCCUCGAGACUUGAUGAGCUGCAAUACGGCCAGGCUCCCGGUGGCCCUCCAGGCAUGAACUUUGGACGUCGCGCAAGCCAGUCUCCUGGCAACCCGUACAGCCCUUCGAUGCGUGGCGGUAGCGGUAGACCUUCGCCCCCAAACGGGUACGGACCUCCCAUGAAUGGGCGCCCCUCUCCACCUGAGGGCGUUCGACAGCCCAUUCCUCGCUAUCCUCCAGGCCAAGGCAACGCCGUUGCGCCUCAACAAGUUGAACAGCAUAUUGGGGUGAGCGCCCUUCAUCCAUCAAAGACUAGAAAUGUGCGAAGUCUGACGGGUAGUGCGAGUGCUAGCGCGGGCAGUGGUGAACUCGACUCCGGAAAUUCGGCACGUAGCAGCCAGGCCAGCCUACCUCCUGCGCGACCAGCCGUCACCAGCGUCCACUAA